AUGUCAAGUGUUGGUGAUGAUUCAGACAGCUAUGAAAACAAGAAGCCAUCCUCGUACGGUUCUGUAAUACUUAUAGUGUUGACCUUGGCAGGCAUAGCCGGAUUUACAGCUUAUGCUAUCAUGAGUUCAGAAGAUUCUAAUUCUACCCUCUUGGAAACAGUAUUCAACUAGAAUGCGGUCCUUGAUACGUAUUGGAAUCAGAAGUUCAAUAACACAUUGGCAAAACGAGUACGUGUGAAGGUGAGAAUGGAUUCAGACAAUGAACUUACAGUGAAGAUCGGAGAUGCUGAUGAACCGGGAUUCGAACUUCCUGAAGAUUCUGAAUAUUUCCCAAGAGACUCGAAUUCCAAAGAUACUAAGGACGGCAAGAGGAGUUAUAGAGUGGAUUUGAAACAGAAUGGAUCAUUCACUAUAUAUAGAGUCAAGGACGGAGAGGAUAUUGACACAAUAUUUGAUUCAGUAGGACAUCAAUUGAUAGUGGCCUAAGAUUACACAUAAUUCGCAACCACACUUAAUAGUAAAUACUUAUAUGGAAUGGGUCAAAGAAGAAAGGAACUGCGUUAUAAAGGGACAGGCAAUUACACCACAUGGCCCAAAGAUCAAUUUGGUACCAAUGACUAUGGUUCACCAGGAAAUCAACUCUAUGGAUACCAUCCUAUGUGGUUGACCUAUGAGAAAUCAGGAAACUACCAUGUUGGAUUCCUGAAGAGCACAUCAGCAUUGUUGACACAAAUCGACGAAGCCUAAAGAAUGGUCUUCCAUGUUGUCGGUGGCAACAUAGUUCUUAAAUUCUUCUUGGGUCAAUAGGAACCAGAAAAGGUCAUCAAAAGUUAUCAUCGAUACAUAAAUGGAUUCGGAUUACAUCCAUUUUGGGCCCAAGGUUAUCAUCAAUGUCGUUGGGGCUAUAAAUCUACUACACAAAUGCUAGAUGUCUUAUAAAACAUGGCAACCAUUGAACAUCCUGUAGAAUCUAUGUGGAAUGAUUUAGAUUACAUGACUAACUAUCAAGUCUUUACUUUGGACACUGAGAAAUUCAAAAAAGAAGAUAUGAAAAAACUGGUUGAUAGAUCCACUCCUCAAGGAAUCCAUUGGGUUCCUUUGGUCGAUAUUGGAAUAGCCACUAAAACUAAAGCAGAAGAAAUAGGAAAUGAAUUUGAUAUCUUCCUUAAAUCAUCUGUUUACUCCAAGGAAUCGAAACCAUCCAAUUUAGAAGGGUGCGUUUGGCCAGGAGCUGUAGUGUUCCCAGAUUUUAACAAUCCAAAAAGCUAAGAUUAUUGGACAAAUUGUUCUGAAUUGAUGAGAGAUUAAGGAAUGGAACCAUCUGGUUGGUGGAUUGACAUGAAUGAAAUGGCCUCCUUUAUCCCAGGAGAAAGAGACACAUCUGCAGCCGUAGAUGAAGCAUGUUAUGGAGCCAAUCCUCCUAGUCCUCCCCCAGUCAAAAAAGAAAUUGAUGAUAGACUCUGGUUCCCAGUUCUUGUAACUGGAUUCCAACCAUUAGCUCAUAAGACUGUCAGUUUGAAUGCAGUUCAUUAUGGCAAGGAAGACGGAGUCCUUUUGAAAACUCCUGUUAAAGAACAAUACUUCCAUUCCUUAAACAACUUGGGAGAAUAGAUUGCCACUCAUAAGACCUUAUAAAAGUUUACAAAUAAGACUUUGACCUUCUCUCUUACUCGUGGCUCCAUCUAUGGUUCAGGAAGAUACACUGCCUUAUGGACUGGAGAUAAUUUGGCUGACUGGGAAUUUUUGAGAUUGGGUGUUUCUGAAUUGUUAUCUUUCUAAUUUUAUGGUAUUCCCUUGGUUGGUAAUGAUCUCUGUGGAUUUGCUGGCAACACUAAUCCUGAAUUAUGUGCUCGUUGGUUGGCUUUGGGAGCUUGGGAACCAUUCGCUCGUAAUCACAAUGAUAAUGAGAGCAUUUCUCAAGAGCCAUACUCCUUUGCUGAAGCCUAUGUGAAGGAUGCUUCAGUUGCAGCUUUUAAGAAUAGAUAUUCUCUCCUUAAAUGGAUGUACUCACUCUUUGUCAACUCAUUUGAACCAGAUCUAGGAGCAGGAACAGGUACUAUCAUAUAACCCAUUUGGUGGAAUAACCCAGACGAUGAAUUUGCAUAUUAAUUUGAAGAUUCCGAAUUCCUUUUUGGUAACACCUUUUUGGUUGCUCCAGUUUUGAGUAGAAGUUCGGAUUUUGCCUCCUAAAAGACAACCAUUAAAGUGUACUUCCCAAAAGGUUCUUGGAUCAAUUGCGAUGACUUUAAGACAAUUUACACUUAUAAGGAGAAAACAUCACUAGAAUUCACAAGGGCUUUCAAUCAACAAGCCUUGUCGUUCCAAAAAGAAGGUACUCUCGUAUUCAGAUAAGAUCCAAAAUAGAGAGCUAGAUUGUUAGAUUCCAAGUAUAGCAUUUAUGCCUUCCUCAACUCUGAAGGAAUGGCUGUUGGCCAAAUUAUGACUCUUUCAAAUUUCGAUGAAAACGACGAUAAUAAUGUUGCAGCUAAAUGUUGGACCAAAGGUUCCAAUUGCAUUGCUGUCUACACUAUUAAGGCACUCGAGGAUAACAAAUUUUCAAUCUCUAUUAAAGGAUAAGAAGCUUCAACCAUCUUUGAGCCAAUCAUCAUUCAAAAGGUUAUUAUUAAUAAUAAGGGUGAAAAACUGGAAUUCACUAUUAAUGAGGAAGUGACAAAAGCAGGAGAAUUCAUUAUACCUUUGACUUCAAAUUUGAGAGUAUAAUAAUAAUGAAUUACAUAUAUUUAACUAUUAAUUGAAA